AUGAGCAAACAAUUAAGUGAUCGACUGUUGAAUCCGUUGAAGGAGUCGAUGGCGAAGAUGUUUACCACGGAUUACGUCCAGAAGAUACUAAUGACGGGCGAAAUGAGUGAUGAAAACAUACGGUACGCAAAGAUUCAAUGGAAGGCAUCAAAAGACAGCUAUUCAGAGCUUAUGAAACGGGCGUAUAGUCUGGCUGUGACUGAAACCGAUAGGAAAUCACUGGACGUAAAGGCAAUGAACGACAAAAUGACUAAAUAUUACGAUCGGUUUGAAAAUGAAUUGGGAGGCAUUGCUCCGGAGCUGACGGCACGGCCUAUGAACGGGUCGGCCGUUGACAAUGUGCUCACGUAUUACCGAGAGCUGAAACGGGGGUCACUUUUGCGGAUAUUAGUUAUAAAACUGGUUGCAAAUUAUGUGGUCUAUGAGAUACACGAGUAUCUGAAACGUCAGCCCCAAUACAGACCCAAUGUCUUGGCCAACAAUAUGCUAUUUACAGAUUUUGAUAUUAAGCGAGCGUUGACUGUAGCGAAGGCUAUGAUAGACUGUAACGGUGCCCACAUUUCCCUGGCCGAAGGGCUAGAGCUGAUUCAAUUGGCCCAUGAUGAAUCAUAA